GGGGAGCUGUGGAAAGUUGGCUCACAGCAGCCAGCCUUCCUGAAGAAAACUGUAAGCCCCCUCUGUUGUGAUCCCCUCCCUGGUACAGUAGGGAUGUGGCUUCCAUGGCAACUGCUGAAUCAUCCUCGACCGGCUGUCCUCUAAUCCCAUCUCCUCAUGCAGCCAGGCCCCCGGUCGUCGGCAGGCCUCAGCAUUAGCAGAUUGAUCAGACGCUUCCAUUUGCUAUAUUAGUUGCUUCAGUCUGUGCAGUUCUCAGAGGACACGGAGGUGCAUCAGCAGCAGGGCUGAGCAGCAGCAACCUUUCGGAUGGGCAACGUACCCACUACGGUGAAGCACUGCCUGAGCUAUGAGCAACUCAUCCAGGACUACCCAUGGCUGAAACGCUGGCUGCUGGAGGAGAAGACCAUCACAGGACACGAGUAUCCAGAGUUUGUGAAAAUAGUUGAAGUUGGGCCCAGGGAUGGACUUCAAAAUGAAAAGGAAAUUGUUCCGACAGGGGUGAAAAUCCAGCUGAUAGACAUGCUCUCAGGAACAGGCCUGCCUGUGAUCGAGGCCACCAGCUUUGUCUCUUCAAAGUGGGUACCGCAGAUGGCAGACCACACUGAUGUACUCAGAGGAAUCCAGAGGGCGCCUCAUGUUCGCUACCCUGUUUUGACACCUAACAUGCAAGGCUUCCAGGAUGCUGUUACAGCUGGUGCUACUGAAGUGGCGGUGUUUGGGUCAGCGUCUGAAACCUUCAGUAAAAAGAAUAUUAACUGCUCUAUUGAUGAAAGCAUGCUGAGGUUCGAGGAAGUCAUUAACACUGCCAAAGAGCGACAAAUUCCAGUCCGUGGAUAUGUUUCUUGUGCCCUUGGGUGCCCCCAUGAGGGACCCAUUGAACCUUCCAAAGUCUCUGAGGUGGCAAAGAGGUUAUAUGAUAUGGGCUGCUACGAGAUUUCCUUGGGGGAUACCAUCGGUGUUGGUACUCCAGGGUCCAUGUUUAAGAUGCUGCAGAGUGUGAUGAAGGAGGUGCCCACCAGCGCGCUCGCAGUUCACUGCCAUGACACUUAUGGGCAAGCACUGCCCAACAUCCUGACUGCACUUCAGAUGGGGGUCUGUGUGGUGGAUUCUGCAGUAGCCGGCCUGGGAGGUUGCCCGUACGCUCAGGGUUCGUCUGGCAAUGUUUCAACAGAGGAUGUUCUCUACAUGCUCCAAGGCAUGGGCAUCGAAACUGUAAGGUGUGAACCUUGCCAAAGUUGUAGAGGCUGGUGACUUCAUCUGCAACGCUUUACAUCGCGAGACAAACUCCAAGGUCGCCCAGGCAAGAGGCAGAACACUGUGAUGUGUUUCUGUAAAGGAAUAUAUUUCAGUAUUUGACUCCUUUUAAAGUGCUUCCCCUGUUGUUGCUGCCUUCAGAUUUGUUGCCUAUAUGCUGCUGUAUUUUUGUUCCUUGUUUUAAACUGUCAGAGGCGUCUUAUCCAAAUAAUCUCAAGAAAUACAUUGUGUUUUGUGUUCCAAAACCAGCUCUUUUGACUUCAUUUCUACAUUUUGGAGUAUAUUACUUGACGGACAAAGGACUCAAAGGACCAUUAUGAUCAACUGAGUCAUCUCAUUUUUUUGUGAUAUUUCGGUUGGCUUAUUUUUGUUUGUGAUAAAUGUCCGGAUUGAUGUCUUGAUGAAUACAUACUGACCUUUUUAAAAGCUGAAUUAUUCAAUUCUAAUCUAAUUUUUAUUUGGCUCAGACAAAUAAGCCUAUGAAAGGUCAGUCACUUUCAUUCAUUUGCGUAGCUCAGUGGCCUUAUAAAACAAAGUAAACAGGAAAAUAAUUGAGUCUGUUUUUGGCAACUUGCUGAACUCAAUUUAGUAUCAGCGCAGGUGUUCCAUUUUAAGCAAAAAGAAAAAGCUCCUUUCUGCUUUCUCAAUACGAAUAUCUUGUUAUGCACUUUACUCCUCCGAAGACCUGGAUCAGAUCCAAGUCAGAUCAGAAUCAGAAUCAGAAUGGUGUUUAUUGCCAGGUGUAAGAGGUAUACACUAGGAAUUUUCUUUGGUUUUGUUGGUGCAAGACAAACAGUAUAAUAACAAAGAAU